UACCACUUUCUUUCUUCUGCUACAUGCCGACGAGAAAACGCCGUGCUGUCAUAAGAUUCCCUUCCCCCCUUCUCUCUCUUCUCUUUCUCUCUCUACUUUCUUUCCCUUUCUCUUUCCCAUCAAUUUUCUCGAGAAACAAGCACUCCACUUUCUCUCUCUCUCUCUCUCUCUCUCUCUCACUCGCCUUCCUCCUGCUCCGUCCACACGCCUUGGCCUCCAUGAUCUAGCCACCAACUGACCCAUCUUUCUCUCUCUGUGUUUACGCAGAUUGAUUGGCUGGGUUCAAGUUUAGAAAUUUCUGAUUUUUAUUUUCUUUUUGGGGGGUGUGAAAUGGGGUGCGCCAGCUCCAAGCUGGACGAUCUCCCGGCCGUCGCGCUCUGCCGCGAGCGGUGCGCCUACCUCGACCUGGCGAUCCGGCACCGGUACGAACUGGCCCAGGCCCACCAUAACUACAUGCUGUCGCUCCGCGGCGUCGGCCACUCCAUCAGCGAGUUCCUCCGUUACGGCGGCGCCGGCGCCGCCUCGGCCUCGGGGACGCCCGUCCUCAACCUGCCCCCGCAGAAGAAGGGGGACCGCGCCGCCGCCCUCGCGGGUUCCCCCUCCAAGGGCUCCAAUUCCGGCGCCCAACACCAUCUCGAAUUCGGCUCCGGCUCCGACGACGGCUCUCUCUCCGACGUUCACUCGGGCCACUCCUCGCCUCUGCACGACGUCGAUGGCCGCCACCCCAUUGGGUACCCGAAUUCGGGUCAGGAGCCGCAGCCAGGUAUGGGCAUGGGCAUGGACAUGGACAUGGGUAUGGGUAUGGGUAUGGGUAUGGGUAUGGGCAUGGGUAUGGGUAUGGAUAUGAGCUCGUAUCCUGGUAGCUCGUAUCCAGGUAGCUCGUAUCUGGGUAGCUCUUAUCCUGGUAACUCGUAUCAGGGUGGUCAUUCGCACAUGAAUUACAUGAAGAUCAAAGCGACGCCUUCGGUGGUGUACGAGCAAAAGCCCGCGACUUCGGAGACCGUUUACAUGGGCGAAUCGUCGUCUUCUAAUUUGCACAUGAAUUACAUGAAGAGCAAAGCGACGCCUUCGGUGGUGUACGAGCAAAAGCCCUUGACUUCGGAGACCGUUUACAUGGGCGAAUCGUCGUCUUCUAAUUUUUAUCCUAACUCAAGUGGUAACGUAGCUGCUUAUCCUUAUCAAGGUUAUGGUAAUCCUGGCUAUGGUAGUUCAGUGGGUGGGUACUAUGGUUCUCAGACGAAUUACGGAUCUUUGUCCCCGCUCCAGCGGCAUGCGGAGGAGAAGCCGCCGCCGCCGCCUCCCCCGCCUCCGGAGGGCUCCUCGUGGGACUUUCUGAAUCCCUUCAGUUAUGAUAAUAAGUAUUACUCGUCUUACGUGCCGAGCAGGAACUCAAAGGAUUUGAGGGAAGAGGAAGGGAUCCCUGAUCUGGAGGACGAGCACGAGGUGGUGAAGGAAGUUCAUGGAAAACCAAAGUUUGUUGAGGCAGGGCAUCAUCAUUUGAAAUCUGUGGCGGUUGAUGAUGAUGAUGAUGAUGAUGAUGAUGAUGAGGAAGAAGAUGGGAAAGUUGACGGUGGUGCAUCAACCUCUAUGUAUCAAACCAGGCCUAGUGUUUCGAUCGAUAAUGCUAAUGAUGGUGCGGAGUAUGAGGUCCACGAGGUGGAGAAGAAGGUGGUUGAUGGUGAAGGAAGGUCGGACGAAGGCGGCAAUGCCUCCAGGUUCAAGGGUAUUGGAAAUGUUUUGGAAUUGGUAAGGGAAAUCGAGGUUCAAUUUGAGAGAGCAGCAGAGUCGGGACAUGAGAUUGCCAGGAUGCUGGAAGUGGGGAAGGUGCCCUAUAAGCGUAAAAGUCAAGUUUCUUCGAGAAAGGCACAUGGCCGUACUCCUUCAUUCUCGGUAGUAUCGGCGCAGCCGCCUUCUUCCAAGGGUGCUGAGUCGUCAGCUUCCACUGAGAAUGUCGGGCCAGUUUCCUUGGGUUAUGUUGAAGAGAUGGCAAUGAGGACGGGAAAUCUUUCUUCCACUUUGCGCAAGCUCCAUCUCUGGGAAAAGAAGCUGUAUAACGAGGUUAAGGCUGAGGAAAAGAUGCGUGUCAUUCAUGACAGGAAGGUCCAGAGGUUGAAACAUUUGCAUGAUAGCGGUGCUGAGAAUCUCAAGAAAGAGUCAGCUACGAUCAUGAUCAGAAGUCUAUCGACAAAGAUAAAAAUUGCAAUUCAGAUCGUUGACAAAAUAUCUAUCACAAUCAACAAGAUAAGAGAUGAAGAACUAUGGCCGCAGAUAAAUGAAUUGAUAGAAGGGUUAAUGAGAAUGUGGAAAUGUUUACUUGAAUGCCACCGGAAUCAGUGUCAAGCAAUGAAGGAAGCUCAGAGAUUUGGUCCCAUUGGAUCUGCAAGAAAGCCUGGAGAUGCAUCUCCUGAAACCAUACCGCAGUUCCAGCGUGAACUUAUCAACUGGGCUAAUGGAUUCACCACUUGGGUAACUGCGCAGAAGAAUUACGUCAAAGCUUUAGACAAUUGGCUUCGAAAAUGUAUUUUUUAUGAGCCUGAAGAAACUCCUGAUGGAGUAGUUCCCUUCUCACCUGGUAGGAUAGGCGCACCUCCAAUAUUCGUAAUUUGUCAUCAGUGGUCGCAAGCUAUGGAUAGAAUAUCUGAGAAGGAAGUUGUAACUGCCAUGUUUGGCUUCACAUCCAGUGUUUUUCAGCUCAGAGAGCAGGACAGGAUGCAGAAUCAACACGGGAUGGUGCAGAAAGAAAUUCAGGCAUUGGACAGAGAGGACCAGAAAAUACAGAAAGAAAUUCAGGCACUGGAAAAGAAAAUCAAUCGGGGCUCGGGGAAUGGUGAUAUCCCAUCAGUGACAGGGCAGCUCGUUUACCAGAAGGAUGUCAGUAAUAACUUGCAGGCAAAGUUGCAACGAAUUUUCGAGGCAAUGGAGAGGUAUACUGCAGACUCUGCGCGAGCAUACGAGGAACUAAUGCAACGGAUUGAGGAAGAAAUCAGGAUUGCUCAGGAGCGUGUGGGUGUUUCAUGAGAGUUUUGUGACAAGCGUUAAUCUUAAUCGAUCUGCAAUCUGAGGAUUGGAUCGCCGCCUGUGUGUUGAUUCGAGGGUUCACAGUUUUAUCAUUUCUCCUGCUGGACGUCUGAAUCUCCUGCUGGGCCUCCCCUUCUGGAAGAGCCCCCUGAAAGCUCUUUUUAUUUAAGGAACGACGUGGCCAGCAAUGGGAGAUCUCGACUUGCAGUCUUUUCUGUAGAGUGGAUCUUGGGAUGAUUAAUGACGACAGUGACGACAGUGAGAGACAUGCAACAACGGCAGUGGCAAACAUUGGUCCAGAGCUAAGGUGAUGGAAUUAAUGCGGAGAAAUGGCAGUGAGUGCCAAGGAUACCUGAAAACUAGGGCAACGCGUCGUGUUUAAGAUAACGAAGGUUCUCCUGUUGGAGAUAGGGUUUUGCAUUUGCGGGGUGAAGCUACGUCUCCCGUUCUCGCACGCCCUUUGCCAUGGCCGGAAAGAACUACGUUACCGGUCCGAUGUCCGCCUAUUUUGUACAGCUUCGUUUCCCUCAGUUUUGCAUCAAGUAUAGUUGGAGGGUUAGGACGUUUUUCUUUUUUCAGAGUAAAUGCACUGAAGGUGCCUGUAUGUUAAACCGGAACCAUGUAAGGUGUAUUUGCUGCUACAAAAUAUUUCAUUUAUUGUUGUACAUUGAUAGAUUAAGAGUUGAGGGGGAUCUCGGAAUUAUAGCAGAGCCAGCCAGUCAUGCAGCAAUUUAGUUUUGUCGA